UAAAGAUACAAAAAACAGAUAAAUCUAUUUUAUAAGUAUUAUAUUACUCACCAAUCACCAUUGCCGUCCAACCAAAGCUAGAAAAUUAUAAAAUUAAAUUCCAACUCUAGAAGCAUGGCAACGAUUCCUCUGUUUUACGCUUCAUUACUCUGCUUUCUCUUCAUUUUCCAUCUUUCAGAAGCUCAGUCAUUUAUCGGAGUUAAUUACGGCCAAGUGGCGGAUAAUCUUCCGGCACCGGAGGUGACCGCUAAGCUACUGCAGUCAACUACAAUCGAAAAGGUCCGGUUGUACGGGUCUGACCCGUCCAUCAUCAAGGCUCUAGCGAAUACCGGCAUCGGAAUCAUGAUCGGGCUGGCAAAUGCCGACAUUCCGGCGAUGGCCACCGACCCCGGAUUUUCGGAGAGAUGGAUACGUUCAAAUGUGCUUCCUUUCUACCCGGAGAGCAUCAUCACGACCAUCAACGUCGGAAAUGAGAUCCUUUACUCCGGCGACCGGAGUCUGAUCGCGCAGCUCUUGCCGGCGAUGCAGAAUCUGCAGAAUGCGCUGAACUCGGCCUCAAUCGGAGGGAAAGUGAAGGUGUCCACGGUUCAUGGGAUGUCUAUGCUGAUAUCGUCGGAGCCGCCGUCGUCCGGGAGGUUUGACCCGGCGGUAAUUGACUCUCUGAAAGAGCUGCUGGGGUUCUGUAAGGCCACCGGCUCUCCUUUCCUCAUCAACCCUUACCCCUUUUUCGCUUACCGGAGUGACCCCCGGCCGGAAACGUUAGACUUCUGUCUCUUCCGGUCCAGCUGCGGCCGUUACGAUCCCGGCUCAAGUAUAAACUACAUGAACAUGUUCGAUGCGCAGUUGGAUGCGGUAAGAACGGCGUUGAAUGUGAUUGGGUUCAAAGAAGUGGAGAUAGUGGUUGCGGAAACGGGGUGGCCAUACAAGGGUGACGAGAACGAGGUUGGUCCUAGCCUAGACAACGCCAAGGCAUAUGCUGGUAACUUGAUUUCUCACUUGAGAUCUAUGGUAGGAACCCCAUUGAUGCCUGGAAAAUCUGUCGACACUUAUCUCUUUGCAUUGUACGAUGAAAACCUUAAGCCUGGACCUACUUUUGAAAGGUUCUUCGGGCUCUUCAGCCCUAAUUCAUCCAUGAGCUACGAUGCUGGACUCUCAAAGUCAUCCACUCAUGAGACUCCACAAUCAAAGCCGAAAAUUGCACCACAUGAUGGUUUGUGGUGUGUGCCAAAAGAAGGAGUAACAUAUGCCGAGUUGCAAGCGAAUUUAGAUUAUGCUUGUGCACAACCCAGCAUUGAUUGUACCCCAAUUCAGCCGGGUGGAGCUUGUUUCAUGCCAAACACGAUCACAUCUCAUGCUGCUUAUGCCAUGAAUCUCAUAUAUCAAACGUCAGGAAGAAAUUCUUGGAAUUGCGACUUCUCACAUACAGCAACCCUCACCUCCAACAAUCCAAGCUAUGAUGGAUGUACCUAUCCUUCUGCACACUCAUGACGAGAAGCAAGCAAUCUUCAACUGGUAUUUGGGGUGCGCAUGGUAGAUGUUUGAUUUAUUUGUUGGAGUGAUUUAUGCUUAAUGGGGAUUAAAUUUGAAAGUUGAUGGCCGGUUAUUCCCCUUACAUUUGAAUACUUCAUUUCAUAUGCGUGCAUUGAUGAAAAAUAACAAAUUCAUAUAAUGUUCUAUGUGUGAUGUUUUUCGUAAUAUUUCAUGUAUAUUAAUUAAAAGUUACGUAGUAUUAUGUUUUCAAUUUUUCUUUCAAAGUUCUUUAUCCUGGUUUGGGAUAGAAAUGAUACCAAAAAUGAUUUAAUUGCAGUAUUCAUAUAAAUGUGUAAAAUAAAUUCAUAUAAAAGUGUAAAUUAUAUUGAUAUAGAACUGAAACUAGAAUAUUCUUGUAAUAUCAUAUUCAAAUGUUGAUGUUGUUCA